GGGGAGGAUGGAGGAGGCGGGGAGGCUGCGUCCCUGUCUGUUUGUGAUUAGCACCAGCGGUGCAGAAUGGAGUAAACAGAAACCCCCAGGCGUCCCCUCCGCCCCCUCCGAGGCAGAGCAGGAAUCAGAGGCUCCGUGAUUAAUCGUGGAGCAUUCAGGACACGACCACAAACACUGUGUGGACUUGAAAUUAGCUGCCAAGAUGGGAGUGGGGGGUGGGACGUCGUGGGGUGGGCGCCCCGCCUGCCGGGGGCCAGCAUGGAAUUCUCCCCGGCAGAGCGCGGAGUGACACUGACAAGCAAUCGGCUACAGCCAGAGCAGCAGGCGGCAUCCGGGGGGAGCGGGACCGGCCGGAGGGCCCCAGGCAGGCUUCCUGGAGCCCCAGUUCUACAGCCGGGCGCCCACACCCAGCCACCGCCAGAUAAGAGCCCCGGAGGCUUUAUCACAGCCGGCAGAGGGCAAGCCCCUGCACCCAAAGGAAGACCGGGGAUCAGUGGAGCCCCAGGGCCAUCUCCCAGCCAGAGGGCCGGUGCCCGUGGCCAGUGUGGACGCACGCUCUGAGUCCCAGCUCGAGUCCCCAAGUCCUGCAGAUGGGAGCUGACGCCGGCUUGCAGCAAUAGAGAAAGCCCGGCAGCCUGGAGGACAGCGGAGCUCAGACCUGGGUGUCCAGACGAGCUCGAUGAACUCCGUGGAUUCAGACAGAUUCUGCCCCUGCACCCCCGCUGGAGCCUGCUAGGGACUGAAUGUGGAUAUGAUGGUGACUGGGUCUUAAAGGUGGAGCCCAUGAAUGGGGUGACGGCCAUGUCGGUGAGGGUGCGGUUCCUGUCCCCUCGGGACGCCGGGGCUGUGGGGGCCGUGGGCCGCAGCGCCUCCUUCGCGGGCUUCAGCAGCACACAGAGCUGGAGGAUUGCGAAGUUGACCAGUAAGAACUCUGUGAGGUCGAGAUCACCUGCAAAGUACUCUAAGGCCUAUGGCACGCUGCGCAAGGCGCCCACCAGCCUGGAGCCCAAGCCCCAGCAGGUGAAGAAGAUCUUCGAAGCCCUAAAGUGUGGCCUCAAGGAGUAUCUGUGUCUGCAGCAGGCCGAGCUGGACUUCCUGUCAGGACGCCACACAGACACCCGCAGGAAUUCCAGGCUGGCCUUCUAUUAUGAUCUGGACAAGAAGCAAACACGCUGGAUGGAAAGGCACAUCAGGAAGAUGGAGUUCCACAUCAGCAAGGUGGAUGAGCUGUACGAGGGCUACUGCAUCCAGUGUCGCCUGCGCGACGGGGCCUCCAACAUGCAGCGUGCCUUCUCGCGGUGCCCGCCGAGCCGCGCGUCCCGCGAGAGCCUGCAGGAGCUGGGCCGCAGCCUGCACGAGUGCUCUCAGGACAUGUGGCUCAUUGAGGGGGCGCUGGAGGUCCACCUGGGCGAGUUCCACAUCAGGAUGAAAGGCUUGGUGGGCUACGCACGCCUCUGUCCGGGGGACCAGUAUGAGGUGCUCAUGCGCCUGGGCCGCCAGCGCUGGAGGCUGAAGGGCCGCAUCGAGUCUGACGACAGCCAGAUCUGGGACGCAGAGGAGAAGGCCUUCGUCCCCACCCUGCACGACAACUUGGAGAUCAAGGUGAUUGAGCUUCGGGGCCUGAGCUCGCUGGCCGUGGGCACCGUGACGUGCGACAUCGCCGACUUCUUCAGGACGCGGCCGCAGAUCGUCGUGGUGGACAUCACGGAGCUGGGCACCAUCAAGCUGCAGCUGGAGGUGCUGUGGAGCCCCUUUGAUUCCGAGAGCCCCCUGGUGUCACCCAGCCCCACGGGCAAGCUUUCCGUGGGCAGCAGGAAGGGCUCUUUGUACAACUGGACACCCCCGAGCACCCCCAGCUUCCGGGAGAGAUACUACCUGUCCAUCCUGCAGCAGCCAGCACAGCAGCCCUUGCUGCUAGGUGGGCCAAGGGCUACCUCCAUCCUCAGCUACCUGUCUGACAACGACCUCCAGGGCCCUAGCCUUAGGAGCCGGAGUCAGGAGCUGCUGGAGAUGGACUCCUUCAGCUCCGAGGAUCCCCGAGACACUGAGACCAACACGUCGGCAUCCACCCUGGAUGUGGGCUUCCUGCCCUUGGCCAUUGGCCCCGCUGCCUCCAACGAAGAGGAGGCGCAGGAGGACCGCCCUCCCCUGGGCCUGCUGCCAGCCAUGGCCCCCCUGGCAGGUGGCUCCUUUGUGGAGCGGCCCGGCUGGAGGAACUUGGGCAUGGAGAGCUCCAGCCUGCCCUGGGGCUCCCCCUUCCACAGCUGCUCCGUUCUGAGCAAGCAAAGGUGCCAGGGGGAAGGAGAAACGAGGGACGGAGCAGAUGCACCCGCGGCAGCCCCGGAGCAGCCACUGCAGGAGGUCCUGGAGUUACUGAGGUCCACGGGCCCCACGCAGCCCCAGCUCCGGGAGCUGGAGUACCAGGUCCUCGGCUUCCGGGACCGCCUGAAGCCACGCGGAGCCCGGCAGGAGCACGCCUCCUCCGAGAGCCUCAUGGAGUGUAUACUGGAGAGCUUCGCCUUCCUCAACGCUGACCUCGCUGCCGACCAGCUGUCCCUGUUUGGGGGCUCCCAGGGCCCCCGAAAAGACAGGACGACACCCCCACCGCCGUCACUGAAGGUAUCACCCAGGGAGCUCACCGCCGGUGCCCCGGAGCUGGAUGUGCUACUCACGGUCCACCUCCAAGUCUGCAAGGCCCUGCUGCAGAAACUGGCCUCGCCUAAUUUGUCCAGGAUGGUUGAGGACUGCCUUGUGGAAGAGGCUGCACAACAAAAGCAGGUUCUGGAGAUGCUUUCUGACCUUGAUUUCGAGAAGGCCAGCCGGGCAACGUCCAUCGAAGACAUCCUUCCGCAGGCCUCGCGCAGGAAGAGCUGCCUGAAGCUGUGGCGAGCGUGCACAGACCCUGGUGGAGUCCUGGCCUGCCCUGCGCCAAGGCUCCUAAGCCAGCUCAAGAAAAUGUUCCUGCACAGAGUCCGUGGGAAAUACCCAGGACAGCUGGAAAUAGUGUGCCGCAGGCUAUUGGAGCAGGUGGUCACCUGCGGCGGGCUGCUGCCUGCGGCCGGGCUCCCCGAAGAACAGACCGUCACCUGGUUCCAGUUUCAGCGCUACCUGCAGAGGCAGAGCGUCUCAGACCUGGAGAGGCACUUCGCGCAGCUCACCAAGGAAGUCACGCUCAUCGAGGAGCUGCACUGCGCCAGGCAGGUCAAGGCCAUCAGGAAGCUGCAGGGCAAGCGGCUGGGCCAGCUCCAGCCCCUACCCCAGACCCUGCGCGCCUGGGCACUGCUGCAGCUGGACGGGCCCCCAAGGGUGUGCAGGGCGGCCAGCUCGCGCCUGGCCACUGCGGCCAGGAACCGAAGCUUCCGUGAAAAGGCCCUGCUCUUCUACACUGACGCCCUGACUGACCGUGACACCAGGCUCCAGCGGGCUGCGUGCAUGGCGCUCCGGCAGCUCCAGGGCAUCGAAAGCAUUGACCAGAUCGCCAGCCUGUGCCAGUCUGACCUAGAGGCCGUGCGAGCAGCAGCCCGGGAAGCCACUCUGUCGUUUGGAGAAAAAGGACGCUUAGCUUUUGAGAAGAUGGACAAACUUCAUGCAGAACAAAGAGAUGGUUUCUGCCAGGAGGCAGAUGUUGAAAUCACAAUAUUCUAAAAAGCCUCAGCACAUGAGCCCAAUCUGGAGAGCAGCACUUCCUUGCUGCUGCCCAGCUGCAGUGCGAUGCGGAGGUCAGGGUGGCGUGUGCUGGCGCUCCCCAAGUGGGAGCAGGCCAGAGCCCGACAGCGCACCCACAAAGCCCCGGGGACAAGGGGACAUUCAGCACUUUGCAGGCCGCAGCCUCCACUGAGCAUCCCAGCCUCACUGCGGGCACCUAUCUGACCUGCUUCAGGAUGCACAGCUGGCGGCAGCAGCCAGCCACGUACACAGGGCUGCGGCCAGGCAGGCCCGGGCGGACAAGCUCGCGUGCUUCCCUGUACGCUGGCCGCUCUGCCGCUGGGUCCGUAAAUCCUGGCGCUGAGGAGGUGGGCUGCUGGUCCAGCUGGCGGGCUGAGCUAAUGAAAAACUGCGGUGGCUCAAGAGUCAUUUCAUUUCCACAGCAGCUCUGUCACCCUGGCGAGCUGCAGAAAGUGGGAGGCUCCAAGCCAGGGUUUCGACAAGCCACCCUCAAGCUGAGCCGCAGCUCAGAUGCCAGCGGAGCGGGACAACAGCCGGCCGGCCGCGAGCCUCGUUUUCACCACAUGCACCAGCACAAAGCAAAGCUGACAAGACGCUGGCCCAGGUCUCUGCAGCGACAAGGCCUAAGCCAUUUGCUCUGGCCAUACACACCCAAAUGGAUUCCAACUUUUGAAACAAGUCGACCAAUGGCCAGUUAAAUUGCUCCAGUAGCCAGGGCUGGCUCAAAGGAAGAUUCCACUGAACAGCAUGUUGCUUUAGAGAAAGAAAAUUUGUUUCCUAUUUAAGUGUAUUUUUUCCAAAAGCCAUGUCCUGAGAUGCCUCUGUUAGUAAUGUAGCGCUAAGGAGGGAUCUGAGCACUGCUGUCAAGGAUGGCAUUGGAGAGCUUUGUGACUUACAUGUUUUCAUUUAAAUUUCCUGUGUAUAUAUUUUGUGCUUUUUUUGGUUUAACUUAGUAUUUAUUUGCCUUGUUCAUAUGUUCCAACUUCUGAAAUUUCAAUUAAAAAGCUACUUCAAUGCGUGUUUCACUUCACCUGAAAAAA